UCCCCUCGCAAUUAGCUCCAGAGUGUCUGUCUCCCGCUGCCUGCCUCUUUCUUCACCACCAGACAAGACAGGGUCACUAGCCUAGGCUGGCCUCAAGUUCCCGAAGUAGCAAAGGACAACCCCCUAACUUCUUGCUCUCCAUCCCGAAGUGCUCAGAUUACAGCCUGACAUCAAGACCCCAAUGGCUAACGAAGCUAACCCCUGUCCGUGUGACAUUGGUCACAAGCUAGAGUAUGGUGGCAUGGGCCAGGAAGUUCAGGUCGAGCACAUCAAGGCAUACAUCACCAAGUCCCCCGAGGAUACAGGUAAAGCUGUGAUUGUCGUCCAGGAUAUAUAUGGCUGGCAGCUGCCCAACACCCGGUAUAUGGCCGACAUGAUUGCUGGAAAUGGAUACACAACCAUUGUCCCAGACUUCUUUGUGGGGCGAGAACCAUGGGACCCAGCUGCUGACUGGUCCACCUUCCCUGAGUGGAUAAAAUCAAGAAGUGCCAGAGAAGUCAAUCGAGAGGUAGAGGCUGUCCUGAGGUAUCUGAAACAAAAGUGUCACUCCCAGAAGAUUGGCAUUGUAGGCUUCUGCUGGGGGGGUGCCGUUGUGCACCACGUGAUGCUGAGAUACCCGGAAGUCAGGGCUGGGGUGUCUGUUUAUGGCAUCAUCAAAGACAGUGAAGAUGUUUAUAAUUUGAAGAACCCGACGUUGUUCAUUUUUGCGGAAAAUGAUGCCGUGAUCCCACUUGAGCAGGUCUCCGUGCUGACUCAGAAACUGAAAAAACACUGCAUAGUUAAUUACCAAGUUAAAACAUUUUCUGGGCAAACUCAUGGCUUUGUGCAUCGGAAGAGAGAAGACUGUUCCCCUGCCGACAAGCCCUACAUUGAGGAGGCGAGGAGGAAUCUCAUCGAGUGGUUCAACAAGUACAUGUAACAAACAGUACUCAAGCAUAAGGCAGCUGUCAUUCAGAUUUUCCUGGGAAUAAUUAGCCAUCUGAUUUCUUACUUUACAUAAAAUAUAGGGAUCUUCAAAUUCUUCUGAAACACAAAUACAAAAGAAACUAAACUAAAAAAAUAUUCAAUAUGCAAUAGAAAAAAAUUUUUUCUUUUGGUUUUUUUGAGACAGGGUUUCUCUGUGUAGCUUUGGAGCCUUUCCUGGUCUUGUAGACCAGGCUGGCCUCAAACAGAGGUCUACCUGCCUCUACCUCCCGAUUGCUUGGACUAAAAGUGUAUAUCACCACUGCCCGGCACAAUAGAAAUUUUCAAUAAAUGCUCGGUACCUGAAGAACUCAAAUGAUGGUGUAACUGUAGUUAUUAGGGAGAAUCUGGGUCCAUUCAGGGAGCAGCUACGUUUUCAGACAUGGCCUUAUGUUGUUAAUUGGAACUCUGUUAAAACAAUUCAUGUGCAAAGCCAGAAAUAUGAUGAGUUACCAACUAGGUGACCGUUUAACCCUCCCCAAUGCUAUGGGCUUUGGGGAAGCUCAAUGCCUCCCAUAUGCACUUCAGUGUGAGCAGUGUGGAUUCUGUUCCCAGAGGCCCAAUUAUUCAACCUAAUAAACUGAUGUUUUUAACUUUA